AGAUGAAGUUAAGAAAAAUGUCGAUGUCAAUUUCAUUCUUACAAAUGGACGAAUCUGCAAAAAGAAAUUUUGCUCAAACCAAUCAUUAACUAUAGAAGUAAUAAAAGGACUGUUUCUGAUUUUUAUUUAACGCAAUAUGGCCGAGACACCUACCACGAAUCCAUCGGAGUUUGCUCCAAGUGAGCUGCCGGUUUCUGAAGCCGGAGAAGCAACUCCUGCUCCUGCCGGGUUUCCCCCUUACCCACCGUAUGCCACGGAACCAGCGCCACCGUCCGUAGCGGACACCAUCAUAGCUGGACGUGAUCUUCGUGUGCAACACAAAUCUUUGCCGCGCAAGUCCGUGAGGCCUCUACCGAAACCGGCCAAACCGAAAGGUCCAAAGGCUACGGACGUGAAAUUAGCAAAGCGCGCUGCCCGAGCCCACGCGAGAUGCUUACGAAGGCAUGGUGCGGUACUCACUGAUCGACUAGAACGUAUUUCUAAGCCACCGAAACGCAGCAUCAUUUACCUAUGGCGUGAAUAUGCUCAUACGCUACCUCCCGAGACGAUAUCGCGAUUGCGUACAAUGCUAGAUGCGGACGAACCCUUUAAACCGGACCAAGCCUAUGAAUAUUUUGUUAACAUGAAGAAGACCAAGAAAAAGGCGGCUACAAGCCGAGUGAACCAAAUAAAGAAAGAUGUUUUGGAAUUGUGCGGAGACAAGAGGUUCCUCUGGGCAAGAAACGCGACUGUGGCCUUCGCUAGAGGUGUACAACAACGACUUUCUAGACCUGGACGAUAUACAUUAGCAGACGGGAUGUUAAGGCUCUCCAAUAUCAUUUUAGACGAGGUGUGUGGUUACAUGCACAUGAAGCCGCCGUCACGUCGCUGUGCACAUCCCAAAGCUAAAUUCAUGAUGGAAGUAGCUGAUAAGAUCGCCGUGUGGAUUGACGAAAUUUUAACUGAAUCAGACGAUCGAAUGCUGAUUAUGGACUACGAUGAAGACGACGAUGUUUUAAGAAGAGACAAGGGAGGUGAUUCUGAUUUCACGGAUGAUUUCCUUAAUAUGAUGGGUGGUGGUGGACUUUUGAAGGGGCCUCGACCAGCCUAUUUGAAAUUUUCCGGUGAAAUGCUUGAAGCAUUCAUGAUAUUAACUGAUUCGAUGAGUAAAAAAGGCAGUCAGAACCUGCUGUCGCAUGGAAAGUUCAGCCAAACAUAUAGUGAAGCAGCCGAUGAAUUAAGGCGGACCCCUAGUUUUGACGCUUCAGAGUUUAAUACAACGCUUGCAAAUAAACUUCACAGCGAUCUCUCUGACACAGUUAAACCAAACACACCGAUCGACAUCGCUCCGUCUAUGAAAGAAAUGGUUAAUGUGUGUUCGAACUAUUUGGCCCAAUACGCCGAAUUUAACAAGGACAAAGGUCCAGCAUUUACUUUGCUUAUCAAAAUGAUGCGUUCAAAACAAAACGAACAGCUUUAUAAGAAAGAGAAAGCCCAAAGAACUUUAGGAACUGCUGCUGCAGAACUUGAGGCAGCUAAAGGACUAGAGAGUGACCACGAUGAUCCAAAUCUCUCUCAGGAAAUUUAUUCAACUCUUUCGCGAUUAGUAGAGAACGUAACACCGGAUGAUCUCAAAACUGAUAUGAAAGAAACUAUGGAUAUCUGCUCGAAAUACUUAUCACAAUGUGCCAUUGACGCAAUCGAACGCGGUCCCGCUUUUGAUUUAUUAAUAAAGGAACUUGAAAAACAUGGAUCGGAACAAUUUACGAAUCAAUUUCCCGUUCUGGCCAAGAAAUUCAUAGCCGCCUACUCGCUGAAAUCUGCGCCUGGCUUUACAAGCACUACCCCUGAUGUAGCCACAACGCCCAUUUUUGUUGGAGCUUUGCAUAAAUCAGCUGAUGCCGCUACACCUAAAGCCCUCCACAAAGAUAUGCAAGACGUCAUAGAACGUUGCGCCGCAUACUUGUCGGCAUUUGCACGAGAUAGAGACAAAGCACUACAGGUUUUAUUAAAAAUGAUGAAAGACAAUCCGUCAAAAGAAUUGGCUAAAAGGAAUAACUACGCCAUGAAUUAUGCUGUCGGUGCGAACGAACUGGAAACAGCAUCCAACCUAGUGCCUUUCCUUCCUGUAAAGGAUAUCGCGGACGAAGAAAAAGCCAAUUUGACCAAAGAUGUCGAGAAUUUAACGCCUUCAGAACUGAAAAUAGCUAUGAAAAGCUUGGUUCAAGAUGCCGGAAGAUAUUUAUCUCAAUCUAUGGCUUUGAAAAGUGGUGCCGCGGGUGAGAGAUAUCCACUGAAUUUGUUGGCUGCCGUCAAAGACUCAUUAGGUGAUCGUCCUCUUUUCAAAUACAAAGCCUACGGUCAAACCUACAGCGAUGCUGCCGAAACCCUGAAAUAUGCGGGACCAUUGGAAUCUGAUCCUAAAUGUGAAGACUUAAAGAUACAAAUCGAAACGGAAAUGAAGAGGGGAGUGCCCGCUCAAGUGUCACCCAAUAUAGCGGCUGGAUUGAAUGAUACAAUGAACGAUGCCUCCAAACAUCUAGCAAAGAUUGGAGCAGAGAAAGGAAGGGCCUUGGAUUAUCUCGUGGGGCUUAUGAAAGAACGGGGAGAAAGCCCUUUGGGACAGAUGCAGGGAUAUCUCCAGACUUAUUCCGAUGGAGCUAAAAGGAUAGAAAAUGCGCCAAGUCUUACAAACGAAAAAGUUGACAAAGGGACCUAUGAAUCUGUUCGAGGAAAAUUAACGCAGCUUGUCACAGAAAAGCCUUCAGAAGAACACAAGAAGCAUAUUACAGGUCUUGUAGAUGAUUCCUCAAAGUUCCUCGCUGCGCCGUUGCCUGAAACGGAAUCUGAGAAACGACGGGUAUUGGCAGAUUUAAUGGCACGAAAAGGUGAUCAGAUGCUUGCGCAGGAUGGUCUAUACAAAAUAACAUACACAGAAGGAGGAGAAGAGAUAAUGAAAGCGCCGGUUGGGGUUACCGCGUCUGACGAUGAAUCAAUGAAAGUAGCAAUGCAUAGCAAAGUUACCAGUGUGAUACCGGAUAAAAAAAUGCAGGACUUAUUGAAAGAUCCCGCCAAUGAAGGAGCUGCGCACUUAGCGAAUAUUUUAAAAGGAAGAGGUGAAGCUAUGAAAGUUAUACACGAUGAAAUGAAAAUCGAAAAAGAUAAGGAAUUUUUGGCUGUGGGCAGUUUUAAGAAAAGUCACGAACAGGCAGCCGACAUGUUAAGUUCCGCAACACAUUUUGGUGGACAGCAUCCGUCUCCUGUUCUCUUGGAUAUGGUGAACGAUCGAAUUGAGAAACUUCCUAAAUCGAGUGCAUCUGAUAUGGCUAAAAAACAUAUGAAAGAUACAUCAGACAUCGUUGCAUCGUAUAUUGCCGGUAGAGCUACUGAUGAAUGUGGCUUGGAUGCUAAAGCUUUGGCUGCAAUUGACAGCAAGGGAUCAAGAAGCACGGAAGAGUUUAAAAAGAAAACACAAUCUACAGCACAAGUUAAUGACGCAGCCGCAACUAGUGACCGUAACUCCUCGAACCUGAAUAAAACACCAUCACGUUAUGACGCUAAUGUUAGCAGUAGAAUAGGAUCGGAGACAGAUGAAGAAAAGAGGAAGCGAGAAGAGAUCGAAGCUAAGAAACGAGCUGAGCAAAGUACAGAUUUAGAUCGUGAACGGCAGCAGGCGUUGUCAAUACUUCAUACGCAGCUUAAAGCUCAAGGUGCUAACACGUUCUAUAAACAGCCGCAAACCGAGUUGACCCACCAACAAGCUUCAGCAUGGAUAGACAUGAAGCCUCCGAUGAAAGUAGACAAGACAGUUAAAGAAUCCGCCGAUACGGCACGACUCCAUAAGAAAUUUGAAAGGAAACUGUCCGUUCUAGUUAGUAAGGUCACACCUCCUAACAUGAACGACGCGAUGCAAGAUGUAGUAAUAGAAUCUGCACGAAUACUAUCUGAAUAUUUCGUAUCAAGCAAUUACAAAGCGCUCGUUCGAGAGGCACUAAUAUCGGAAAUGCAGAAACGUGGCAAUGAAAUUCUUAUUAAAAUGGACAGCGCUGCGGAGACUUUCUUCUUUGCUGCUCAAAGGUUAAAGAAGGCCAAAACGAUGACAAUUCAGGAACCACGUAACAAAGUGUCGUAUUAUUUGACUAAGAAAUUGGAGGAAAUUAUUCGUUGUCGUUCUAUGGCAAGAAAAUUAACAUCCACAAUGAAAGAGCAUAUCAAGGAUGCCUCGGAUUAUUUGUCAGAGUCAGUCACCACGCCUGAUGAAUAUAUCGCAGCAUAUGUGGCAUUAUUAUGUGAAAUGGAAACUGCAGGAGAAGCACUCCUCGUAGAGGGAAACAUACCUAAAUCAUAUAAGGACGCAUCUGCUUACCUUCGGAAAUUGACAACAUUUGAGGAUCAGAUUCAGCGACCAAAUCCAUCCUUGCAUUCGUCAAUCGAAAAUAAACUUAAAGUUAUUAUGGCCAACGUCGUCAGUCGAACUUACACUACAACAGUUUUGCACGGAGUUAUUAGUGAAUCUGCUAGUUUACUGGUCUCAUACAUUAUGCUACAAGGUGAAAAAACGGAAGCUCUAAAAAUAUUGAUUGAUCAUAUGGAUCGGAUUGGAAAUGGAGUGCUAUUGUGUCAUGGUAACAUACGAAAAACAUAUACGGAUGGAGCUGACAAACUACGGGGAAAGAACACGGAUCAACUCGCCGUGCAAAGUGCAGAUCCGGUCGUUUCAAGGAAAAUACAAAUCAAACUGAAUAAUUUGAUGAUCGAUAAUGUUCCGGAGAAAUAUAAAACGUUGAUAGACGAUGUAAUUGAAGACGCAACUUUGUUCUUGGCUGUACACCUACUGCAACCACAAAUAAUUCAAGUGUGCAAGUGCAUGAAAAACGUAUUUGUUCAAUGCGAACUAUGGUGUGACGAGAUUUUACGGCGCGUGGCGCAACCCUGUUGCACUUGUUCGCGCUAUGUAUCAUUACAAGCCUUAGAAGACGUUGUACCGGCAGAAAGAUUGCGCGCCGAACCGGGAUCUUCUAAAGUUCAGGCUCCGGGCAUUGAAAUAUCCAUAACAGAUUGUCCAUCUAAACAAACUAGAGUUCAAAAACACGCCGCGCAGCCCUGUCCAGCGCCAAAACCAACCGAGGGUUGUCGACAACAAACGAACGCUUACCACUUAUACUCUGCGAUGGUACAACAUAAUCGUUUUAAUCCCAGCAAAUUACGGCCACGAUUCCAGGAUCCAAUUACCUCGGACGCUGUCACAGAUAUACCAUCGUCACCGCCCAGAAUAUCGCGAUCUUUUUCACCUACACCGUUUAGUCCCGCGAGUUCACCCCGCGUACGAUUAUUACAUAAACGUGAACAAAACUCGGACAAAAGUCUAGUAGAACAUGCAAAUACUUCGGAAAGCUCUUCACCCGAUUCUUUUUAUACACCUCCGAGUACUAAUGUAUCCAAAACGUCUGACGAGAGGACUGCUGCUUCUAACGCGCCAUUAAAGAGCGACGAUGUCAAAAUUAACCAAAUCAAAACGUUUUCUGCACCUUUUUCGACGACUUCUAGAAAUAUUGGUAACACUAAUGCCGAGGACAAUUCACGGGCGCCAAUAAUAUCUACUGAUCAAAUGACAGAUUGGCACGCAAUGAUGGUGAGCCUUAUGUGGAACGUACAAGCUUGGCGGGACUGGAUACAAGAAAUCAUUGACAGAGCGUUAAGCUAUAGUCCUAAAUCUGCUGAUGCCGAUGAAAAUUGGACCACGUUACAAAGGAGGAUAGAGUCUGAGUCACUUCAAUGGCGUCAGUACAAUGCUUUUAGUCGGCGGCUAACUUUACGACUUGCUUUACGUUAUAGAGAUAAAACAAUUGUUUCUCCGACGAGGGCAACCGUUAAAACCGAAGCUUAUUUGGGAUACCAACGGGAAAUGUUGGAAAUCAUUGAUAUGUUUAACAGAUGGACGCAGUGGCUAACUCUACUCGUAAAAGAAACUCACAACCUAAAGGAGAUUCCUGGCAGCAGUGUUCCUUUGCACGAAAUUCGUUGGAGUUAUUUAAGAGAGAAAAUACGGAAACACUCCGAAGACUGGACGAAAUACAAUCUUCAUUUGAAAGAAUGUUGGCAACACAAAUAUAAGUCACUGAUAGCAGAUUGGUUACCGCCGUGGAAUGGGUCGGGGCCCGUGUGGGUGAUGAGCGCGUGCGGCGCUGUACCCAGUGGUGCGGUUUCGGCUGGAGUAGCUGGCGGUGAACUUAUUUGGGUUGCCAGAACUACACACAAAAACAAAGUGUUGCCAGCGGCGCUUCAUCCAUCAAAACAUUGUUGCAUCGUGUACGCAGAUGGUGGCGCUCAUUGCUAUACUAAAUAUCAGGUGAUGUGCGGGGCAGCAGUGCAGUGGGUGUCGUGGCGGGGCGGGGAAGAGUGCGGCCGUGCGGUGCGAGCCGGCGGCGGCGAGGCGGGCGGCGUGCUGGUGGGGCGCGUGCAGCACCGCGGCGACCACCUGCUGGGUCCCGUCCUGGCGCCGCACUACCGCUGCCACCUCCUCAUAUACGGACGACCGUUCGCCUUCAACUGCUACGAGCUACUCGUGCUUGCCGAUGACGUUUCGACUUAGUUUCGCGCACAACCAAGAUUUAGCAGAUCCAAAAAGUCCAAAAACUUUUCUAUUUUUGGAGACGUCGAUAAAUUACCAAACACAGAAGAGUUUAAAGUGUAUGCGUGUGUGUGUUGUUGUAUGACUUUUUUUUAUAUAAAAAACAUUUCAGACUUGUAUUUAUUAAAUGUUGUAUUUUAAAAAUAAAAUUUAUUUAUAAAUUAUA